AUGAGUGAUAGCAGAAGCAAUGGGAGUGGCCGUGGAGAUCUCGAGGAAACCAUAGCAGCCACAAGCAACAACACGAACCAAAAGGGACUACGACGAACUCCUGAAGAACUGGCCAACAAGAUGCCCAUCGCGAUGAACAACAACUAUCGGACCCAUCAAUGGCUCCAGCAACCACUCCCAUCGGUGAUCCAAAUGCUGGGCAGUCCAUCAAGGAACAAAAAGAGCAGCAAUGCAGAAGAAUUGGAUGUGCUAUCCUUGCUGUCUCUCUAUUGGUUCUUGGGACUGGUAUUGGGGCGGGUCUUUCCACAAGGAAGAAUGAAAUAA